AUGGAAAAUUUCCCAUCAGUCAGCCCGUCACAAACGAAGCCGAAGGACGCCUUUCACGCUGACGACCCAAAUCCAAAGAUGCCGCACGCCGUUUCCGAAGACGACAAUGACGAAGGGAAGCGGCUGAGCGAUGCCGACGACGAAAUCAUCGCACAGCUGCUGGCCGGUUCGGGCCAGGCCAAUGACGCUCUUGCUGGAUUGAAUGACGACUUUGAAAAUGAACCUGGAGAGAAGGCAGACGAUGCACUGGACUAUGGAGACAUUUCAGACGACGAUCUGCCCGAUGAGGAGGAUGCUGCUCCUUCGUUGUCCAACGGGCAUGCUAGCCACGCGCUGGAAAACGAGGGCAGCGGGGACUUUCUCGACGACGGAGACCUGUUUGGAGAUCCAGACAUGGAAAAAGAUCUCUUCGGUGGAGAUGGAGACAUGGAAAUUACAGACCCCGCGAAGCCCGACCAUCAGAUCAACGGAGACUCCGCACAAGAUACGCAAAAGAUGGAAACUUUUGAAGAUGACCUCUUUGGAGAAGCUGAAGAUCUCCCGUCAGAAGAACCGGCCACUGCCAAAUCUGUCGCCCCAGAUUCAGAUGACGAUGAGGACAUGGAUCCUGCGGCACGCGAACAAGCUCGGUUGUUCAAGGAGUCCAGGGAACGCGAAGAUAGGCUGAGAAGAGGUGGUCUAGACCCAAGUGCCAUCGUUGUGCCAGUGUCUGCGUCACAUCAAGACACCAUCGACGCCUAUUUUCCGGACUACAACAAGGAAGAGAUGCCCGACUUCUCCAAGUUAUUUUUCCGCCGUCGGGCCCAUUAUCUCAGAAAAGCUCCCCUCAAGCAGCCCGCUAAAGUUCAGCCCACGCGCGCUAAUAUUGAAAUAGAAGCGGAUCAAGAGCGUUCAUUUAAGCUCAGCAAUGGCUCGCAAACCCGCAAGCGUAUUAACGAGGAGGCAACUGAUGACGGUUUACUUUUCAUACAUUACAAUGAUCGGGCAGAUCGACUCAACGAUCACCAAAUCGAGAUGGUUCCGCUUGAAGAUGACGAGAAGAUCGGCGGGGUGUCGGUGCAAGACUUAAGAGUUCUGUGUGAAGACUGGGAUAGCCUGAGCGUCAAAGAAGUCGAUUCGGAUCACGAGCUGACUUCGACCGUGGACAUCUUUAUGGGCAAUGGGAUCACGGAACCUCCAAUGAAGAAGCGAAGAACUUCCCUCGACGGCUUGUUCGAGUCGAUAAACCGCGACGAGUUUCCAGUCCUCGAUGACCCAGAGGAACUGACUGCGAAACUUGCAAAGCAGGUGCCGUUGGACCUUAACGAUUCGCGGCUCCUCUUAGACUUUGCACAGCCUUCGAUACAUCGUUUGACCACCCAAUCCUCUUUCGGUCGUCGGCGCGAAGCUGGAGGUGUAUCGAGUGCUAUUCAUAAGAAGUUCAAUUUCUCCAACGACGAGGAGUAUGAGCGUCUGAUCAAGGAGAAUUCGAUACGCGGAGCUGUUGGCAACAUACCAAUUGAACACAGUGGGCCCGCUCGACGUUUACAAUACCCCUUUUACAAAACACAAAUGAGUCUUCGCGAGCAGCGGAAUUUCCAUCGUCCUAGCUUGCAUUUCCCUCCCAACAGCAGGAUCAUCGUGGAUCGACGGUUGGAGCACCGUAAGGUCAAAGAUAUGCGGAAGCAGACGAUACAGCAGACCUUUGCCGAGUCCAAAGACCUCACCUUUGCCGACAACAGUUCGAUGCUUCUUCUAGAGUACUCCGAAGAAAUGCCGCUUAUGAUGUCGAAUUUUGGCAUGAACAGCCGCAUCAUCAAUUAUUACAGGAGGAAGGAUGAGAACGACAAGUUCAGACCAAAGGAAGACAUCGGUGAGCCGAGAGUGUUGCAAGAAAAGGACCAGAGUCCCUUCGUGAAGUUUGGCUUUGUGGAUCCUGGCCAGACUGUGCCGACCGUACACAACAAUCUGUAUCGCGCACCCAUCUUUAGACAUGAGCCAAGGCAGACCGAUUUCUUGGUCGUGCGUCGGCAAACAGGUGUCUAUGGCACUAACUAUCAUCUUCGCAACAUCGAGAACCUACACGUCGUUGGCCAACAGUUUCCCUUCGCAGAAGUUCCUGGUACGCAUGGACGAAAAGUCACUUCAACACAGAAGGCUCGCAUGAAGAUGAUUGCGUUUCGCAUCUACGCAAAGAAGCUCAAAACACGUAGUCGACAACCGUACGUGCCUCAUUCUGUCAUCACGAUGCAUUUUCCCGGUAGUGAUGUGGCUCAGAACCGCUCCAAGAUGCGUGAACUCAUGCAAUACAACAAAGACCACGGCACCUGGGAACCCAAGCCUGGAGAUGAGAAGUUCUUGGACAUGGACUAUUUGCGCAACGAAAUCAAACCUGAGGACAUUUGCUUGAUCGACUCGAUGCAAAUAGGGGCUCGUCAAAUGCAGGAUGCAGGUUUUGAUAUCAAACAGAUCGAAAACGAUAAAGAUGACGCGGGAGAGAAUCUGUCCUUAGAUGCACAGCUUGUACAUUGGCGGGCAACGAAGAAUUUUCUUGCCGCCUGUGGUGACAAUGCCAUGAUUGCAUUACACGGCGAGGGUGACCCUACUGGUAGAGGCGAAGCUUUCAGUUUUGUCAAAAUCAGUAUGAAAGGUGGGUUCCAAGCACUGGGCGCCAGCGCGAAUGACAAAGUCAAGUCCGCGCAAAAGGCUGACCAGAGUGGCCACAAAUACAACGUGCGUGACCAAGAAGAUGCGUAUCAUGCCGCGAUUCGGCAUAUCUGGGAUGCUCAGACACGCUCGCUGAGCAUGACCGAGGCACCGGAUCUUGACGUAGAAAUGGACGACAAUAUCGACGCGCGCAUCGAGCGGAACAACACAGCUGCUACGUACGGCCGCACACCACGUUCUGAGGCGCCUGGGACACCAGGAUACUUUCCUCGUGCGUCUGAUAUUGAUGACUCAGUGUCUCACAUCUCCGGUUCCCGGGUUUCUGCUUCUGAUCGACAGCUCUUCGGAGCUUCCGAACGUGUGCUCAAAGUCACACGGCGCCGUCGCGAUCAGUACGGUGAAUGGAUCACGGAGACACAAAUCAUCGACGAUCCUGUGGUUGCACGCCAGUACAAAAAGAAACACGACAUCAAACACAAGGAGAAACUCGAGCAGCAGAUACGAGAAGGUGGUGCCGGCGGGAGCAGUGGUGCUGGCGGUCUGACAGCCGAGGAAAGGAAAGCAGCUGAAGAGGAAUUGGCACGACUGCAGAGAAACAUGGAUCGCAGGAAAGUACGCGAAGCUCAAAAGGCUGCUAAGGCCGCCAUUAAAGAAGGCAAUAUCAGUUUGGAUGGAGAGAACAAGGUGCUUCCGGGACAGACGCAAAGGAAAUGUGCAAAUUGCGGGCAGUAUGGCCACAUCAAGACCAACAAAAAAUUAUGUCCUAUGCUCAAUGGCACGUGGCCUGACGGCGUUCCACCAGGCGCUGAUGGAGGCAUGGGCAUUGGUACACCCGCAACACCUGCUGCUGGUUCGGAAGCGCCAACUCCUGGGGCUGAAAGACCCAUUCCGAGGAUGAGCACCAGUUUCCAAUUUUGA